AUGAGGCUGUACGUGGAGAAGGUGAAGAAGACGACGCCGCCGCUCAGCCACACGAGCAGGGGCCCCCCGAGCAGCACCACGCGGGCCCGCCGCAGGAAGGGUGCCAGGUCAGGGGUGACUGCGGCGGCGGGCACACUCCAGGCCCCACUUGAGUUGACGUCCGUGGCCUCGUCCCGCACCUCGGUGACCAGGUGCUCCCAGCGGGGCGGCAGCACUGCGCGGGUGGCGGCCUGCAGGCGGCGAAGCUCCGAGCUGAGCAGCAGUACCAUAGCAGGGAAGGAGGGGAAGCUGAGCAGCCAGUCCCCGAGAGCCAACACAAACACCAGCCACCGGGCCCCGUCGCUAUCAGAGAUGAUAAAGCCUAUUAUCCUGAAGAUGAAGAACAGGUACUGCGCCACGCACACCCACAGGAAGGCGAGGCUGGUCGCGCCCAGACGCCGAGGUCCUGCAGGGUUGAGGCCGCGCGCCAGCCGCUUUAGAGCUGCCACCUCCCUCACGAGGCGCGGCAGGCGGGGGCUGAGCAGCAGCAGCAGCAGACACGUGACACUGAACGCCACCUGCGAGCCCAUAUUCAACAUGAUCUUCCCGGCAAUGGCCACGACGCUCGUUUGGUGGAAGACCACGACCCUCCAGAUGGCUGCAUCGCCCACGUUCAUCCACACCUGCAGGGCCACAUUCAGCGCCAGGUGCACCACGCACCACGCCGCGGGUAGCCAACCCACGCGGCAGGCACCCUCGGGGCCCACCACCACGUACGGACACAAGCCCACCGCCUGCAGCCACCACACGCCCACGCCCAUGCCAACGUCUGUACUCGCCGCAGUGCCACGCGUGGCUCGUGGCCGCCUCUUGGGUGCCUCCUCUGCCAUCGCUGCCAUUGUCGCUGUGCCUCUGUCGCCGCUGCUCAGUUCCCGCGGCCCCUGCCAGAUGCAGGCAACGGUGGUGAUCGUAUUGGUGUUGGCUGUGUGCGCCCAAGGCCAGGAGUCUGGUUCCAGUCCCAGGGCGGCGUGUCCGUGGCCGUGCCCCGAGUACUAUCACCCCGUGUGUGGGAGUAACGGAGUGACGUACGACAACCCUUGCAAACUGUACGAGGCCGCCGCGUGUGUUAACCACUGCAUCACCCAGCGACACACCGGCAAAUGCGACUCGCCAUGCCCAGAAGCUUGCAUCGCCGUGUACCAGCCGGUGUGUGGGACUGACGGCCGCACGUACAGCAGCGCGUGCCACCUUAGCAUGGAGCGCUGCGCCAACCCGUGUGUCGAGAUGAAGCACGACGGGGAGUGUGUGUCGCCGGGUGAGCAGUGCCGCGAGAUGUGUGUGGGCGGGCACCCGGUGUGUGGCAGUGACGGGGCCACCUACAUGAGCGACUGUCACCUCUCCAACGCCGCCUGUGACAACCCGUGCAUCAAGAAGGUCGCCGACGGACAGUGUUCCCGUACCUGCGGCGACAUUUGCCCUGUGCACGUGGAUGAUGCGUCCGUGUGCGGCAGCGACGGCAUCACCUACGAGAGCGUGUGCCACUUGCAGGAGGCGGCCUGUCAGAACCCCUGCAUCACCCUGCAACACUUGGGUCCCUGCAUCACGUGCCCCAUCAUCUGUCCGCUCAACUUCGCUCCCGUGUGUGGCACUGACGGCAAGACCUACAGCAACCGGUGCCAGCUCGAUGCCGCCGCCUGCACCAACCCCUGCAUCGCCCUCCGAGCCGAGGGUGCCUGCCUUCGUGUAUGUGGUGAUGCAUGCCCUGUGCCAGCAUCAGGGAACUAUGUGUGUGGCAGUGAUGGCACCACAUACCCCAGCCAGUGCCACCUGCAGGAGGCAGCGUGCCAAAACCCCUGCCUUGUCCUGGAGCGGGAAGGCCCCUGUGAAGGAAGAGACUGCCCAGGGAUCUGCCCAUUCAACUUUGACCCUGUCUGUGGCAGUGAUGGAAAGACUUACGGCAACAUGUGUCAGCUGAAUGACGCCACGCACUGUGAGAACUCCUGCAUCACCCUCAGAGGAGUGGGGCCUUGCGGCCGUAAUUGUGGAGACUUGUGCCCGAUGACGAACCAGGUGCCAGUGUGUGGCAGUGACGAUACUACCUACCCCAGCCAGUGCCACCUAGAAGAGGCGGCGUGCCAGAACCCCUGCCUCACCCUGCAGCAUGAAGGGGCCUGUGGUGAGGGGAGGUGCUGCCUGGAGGGCAUGCUGUCCCUGCCUGACCUAAAUGUUCAGCUGUCUUGCCACGCCGGAGCCCUGCUGGCAGAGCCCAUCUCGACAACCACCCCAACCACCGCCACGGAGCUGCCCACCAACGUGCCCCACUGUCUGUUCGCUGGCCGCGGCUACCCUGUGGGGGCACGGCUGGACCACCUCUGCUUCCCCAUAGAGUGCACAAGCUAUGGCUGGGCGUAUAUGGGACAGAUCAGUGACUGCUGCCGCCACUGUCACCUCCACGGGGACAUGCACGUCUUCACCUUCGACCACCAGCUGUACAACUUCAACGGCACCUGUAACUACACAGUGGCUCAGCAAGGCGCCUCCUUCACCCCUCCGCUGGGAGUCUUCACCUGGCCCAAGACUUGCAAGGGCCGCUCCACCUGCUUCAGACACACCACCUUCAGGAAUGAUGAGCACACCAUUGUUACUGUGAACCACUACGGUCUGUUCAAGGUGAAUGUAAAUGGCUACGAGAAUCUGGUAGCAGAGAGCGGCGUGCAGGUGUUGAGGACUGGCGAUGGCGCGGCCGUGCCCGUGCUGGCGUGGCGCGGCGAUUGUGGCAUCUACCUGGCUGGCUCCUCGGGCAUUGUGCUGCUGGCCUGUCUCUUCCGCCUGGACGUGUGGGCUUCCUCCAGCCUUGUGGACCACCUGGACGGUCUGUGCGGCCACUACAACCUCAACCCGAAUGAUGACUUUAGGGCUCGCGACGGCACAACCUACCCAUCCAACAACUGGCCCCUCGCUUUCCCCCAUUCCUGGAGGACCAACGUGCAGACGGAGGCACACUGCCAUCAGCCUCACACUGGACCCAUCAACGGGGAUGACCCGUGCCCAAGUAACCCCAAGUGGCGAAGCAUCUACCAAACAACUUGCAUGAAGAUGCUGGACGCUGCUGACGGCCUCCCCACCACCCAGAUGGCCAACGGCUUCACCCCGCCCGUCUAUGACACCAACCCCUAUAUUAAUACUUGUGCUGCGGAUGUGUGUGUGAUGCACCAGGGCGGCUUCCCCGUCAAGGCCAUGGAGCAGUGGAUCUUCAUGCUCCGCCAGAACCUUGUGGUGUCCCUGAAGCUGGGCCAGAGACUGUUGGGAUCAGAUGGCAGCACCACAAUAGACCCCACAGGAGUUGCCCCACACUGCAUGAGCACCACCACCCCGGACCAAUGCACCUCCACCGCCACCACCACAGUCACCGCAAGCAUCCUGGCCACCACCACACACUUCUCAACCACCACGGUCACUACCACCACCACUACUAGCAUCACCACUACCACCACCACUUUUAUAACAAUCGUGACCUCGCCAACGUAUCCGUCCACCCCAUACACAACUACGCCCACCACCAAUCCAUAUCCCUUCCCAACCUACGACUUCUCUGAAUACAUCUCCUCUGACUAUCCGUUCCCUUCAGACUUUUAUCAGACCACUCUGUACACCACUACACACACUACCCCAAUAUACAAGUAUCCACUCGCUGAUAUCACCUUCCCAUACAUUACUGAGCACACCUCUUACCCAACCCAUAUCCCCACAUACUCAAAGACUUUCCCUACAUACCACACACCCACAUACUCGACCACUUUCCCUACAUACACCUACUCCACGUACACCUCACAGACCCCCACCUACCAUACAUACACACCCACAUACUCGCACACAUUCCCCACAUAUCCAUACCCAUCUUCCACCUCUUACACUCCUUCCUACCCUACUCCCACGCCUCCUACCACCCAUUGUACCCAGAAGGAUUGCCCUAAUCGUUGUGCCCCCGCUGGCCAGUGUCCACAAGGUAUGAUGGAGCUGCCUUGGCCAUACCUAUGUGAAGGGGAGUGUGUGUGCUGUAUCUAAGCUGUUUAAUGUUCAGCGGCUCCCCAAGUGUGGGAUAAUGUUUUAAUUAAUGUACAUAGGUGUUUAUAACUGCAGUGUUUAGUCUGAUACAAGAGUUAUGCUCCCCUGUUAAUUUUGUUUCAAAAAUAUAUCUUCUAAUUUAA